AACACAACACAAAGGGGUGCAAAAUGUCCAGUCACCAGAAACAAACUGAAAACAUUCCUUCACCCCGAUGCUCCUCCUCUCCCCUUCCCUCCCCGCAGUGCCAAAUCCUUGUGAAAGCUUGCACCACCACUUUUUCUUGAGACAAGGGGCCUUUUUGUGUCGGCGGAAAACAACAUGGCAAACAUCGCCGUCCAAUCCGAGGGAAGAAGCGGCGGGAUUGUGAUUAACGAUGACUGGCCAGGCUACAGUUUAGACCUGUUCAGCUAUCCUGCUCACUACUCCGGAGACUUAGACUGUGUCAUCGUCCCACAUGGCGUUAUUAUGGACAGAACAGAACGUCUCGCACGAAACAUCAUGGAUGACCUGGGGGACCAUGACAUUGUGGUGCUGUGCGUGCUGAAAGGAGGCUACCAGUUCUGCGCCGACCUGGUGGACAGGAUCAAGGCACUCAGCCGCAAUUCCAACCGCACGAUCCCCAUGAGGGUCCACUUCAUCCGCCUUAAGAGCUACCUGAAUGAUCAGUCAACAGAGGAUCUUCACAUACUUGGAGCAGAGGAUCUGUCUUUUUUAAAAGGAAAGAACGUACUGAUUGUUGAGGCCAUAGUAGGCACCGGAAAAACAAUGAAGACUCUCCUGAAGCAUGUUGAAGCCUUCAGGCCCAAAAUGAUCAAAGUAGCAGGAUUGCUUGUGAAGAGAGUGCCACAUAACACAGCAUGCCUCCCCGACUAUGUUGGCUUUGAGAUACCCAAUCGUUUUGUGGUUGGAUAUGCCUUAGACUACAAUGAGUAUUUUAGAGACUUGAAUCAUAUCUGUGUGAUCAGCGAAAGUGGGAAGACAAAAUAUAAGAUUUAAAUGAAGGACGGCAAAAGAGGCGACUGUCACACACAUGUCAUCUCACAGCAAGCCUGAAAAUUUUUCUUGGGAUGCCAUUCACUUACAGCUGCUAUCGUGAUAUUUGAUCUCUAGCAUCCCUGUUUUGUUAUAACAUUCCUUCUAUGAAACGUUUUUUCACAGUAGACAGACAUUUAACUGAUAAUCUUAGCAAACAAGCACGUUUUCACCAUGUUUUAAAGUUGCAACUUAAUUCAUGUUUACAGAUUCUGAUUAAAUAUUUAAUGCUAGGAUCCUGCUGCUUUUUGCUUUAGUUUCUAUCUAAUGCAAAUGCUCCUUGUAUGCAAUGUAAGGGACGUGAUAAUCAUGAUCUGUGUGAAUGUGAUGAGGAAACUCAAUUUUAGCUUCUUCUGUACGUUGCCUUUACUAAUGUUUCAAAGUAGUUCUGUAAACGCUGAGAGCAAUAACUACCUCUUUUUGGUUUUUCAGUGUUUGAGGUGCAGCAGAGUAGUAAUUUAACAUACAAUAAAGUAUUUUUUAACA